CAUACCUCGCGCCUCCCUUUUCGUCGACUCGUAGGUUACCCUGUGUGGUGGCUUUUAUGGGAGCGCGGAAACCUGGAACUCAUCUGGGCUCUCUUCCCCCCCUUUUUUUCGUUGCGCGGAAAGCCCAGCGGGCAUCCCGCUAUUCUCGGGGUCUCCUGGCAAGCUGCUUUGCAGGAAGCAGGUGCGCCCCCGAUUCAAUGCUGCAAAAAGGCACUGUUGGCAAGAGAGAUCCACUAGCACUACUAGUGUGGGAAAGACUCAUCGACUGGCGGCUGCCAAACGUCGGCUAUCGAGGUGAGAUGCCCACCGACCCAUUAUUCCUCACGGAUCUAGGUGAUGUCUCAAUUCUCGGGGCAGAUUUGUUGGGAUAGGCGGAACAGCGAAGUGGCUGUUGCGAGAGUUGCUCUGAUUGCCUGAGCUAAAAGGGAGA